GCCGUUUGGUCAGCUCUGCUGUAACACAAUCGACUACCGCUGGCCGAUCUCCACCAAAUCUGCGAACACCCAAACCCUAGCUCCCCCAAAUCACCGUGCCAACUCCUUCUUCCGAGCUCCAGUUGAGCGCAAUGGCGCAGUGUCUGUUAGUGUGAGAGGCGCUAAAUCCCUCCUCCAACCAUGGAGCAGAGCGAUGGGCCCAAGCAACCGAAGCUCCCCGACGCCGCCGACGGCGACGAGGACCGCCUCAGCGUGCUGCCCGACGACAUUCUCAUCCACAUCCUCGUCAAGCUCCGCCGCACCAACAUGGCCGCUCGGACCAGCGUCCUCUGCCGCCGCUGGCGGGGCCUCUGGAAGCUCCUCCCGGAGCUCGACUUUCCCCUCGACACGGAGACGCCCCUAGGCGCCGAGCCGCACCGCGUACUCUCCGCCCUCACAGCCCACGAAGCGCCGGUCAUCCGCGUCCUCGUCGCUAGCCUCCGGGACGCCGCUGCGGACUCGGUGGCGACGUGGCUCCCCAUCAUCGCGCCCCGCCUCUUCGGCGUACUAUCCAUCUUCAAUCUCAGGUUGGACCAAGAGCAGGGCAAGGAAACAGGAGGCACCGUUGAGCUGCCUUGCUUCCAGAGUGCCGACCGGAUCUCCCUCAACCUAGACAAAUCUCGCCCUGCCGCCCUCCGGCGUGUUUGCUCGGCUCACCGAUCUCAUUCUGAUAUAUGUUAGGAUGCGUGGUCCCUGCAGACUCGGUGACAUUGUCUCCUCGCCACGGUGCCCAUCGCUGCAGAAGCUCUUCCUACGCGAUGCCCAGGUCCGGGAUGACAUUGUAAUCCACUCAGAGUCUCUCUUAGAAAUAGGGAUUGAUAAUGUGUUACUAGACGCCUUGGAUCCGGGCAUCCUCGCCAUUUCCUCUGAUUCUGUCCUCCAAAUAGAUCUGAAGAAUUUAAUUGGCUUGCGACAGCUCCUUGUUGUGGCGCCCGCACUCAUUUCGUUGAAACAGAAAGGCACCUUCUAUAUUGCUGCUGGUGUGGAUCUGAGUCAACCUGUUGUCAACAUCUCAGCCCCUCAGCUCAUGUUGCUUGAGUGGAAUGCUCGUUAUGAUCGAAGUUCCGUUCAGCUUGGCAAGAUGACACAUCUCCAAUGGCUGCACGCCGGUCUAUUUCUUGUAUAUGGAUCAGAUGAGGAUCUUGCACACAAUCGCAUCAGGCUUUUGCAGCGCUUCGAGUUCAUCAUCUGUCUUGACCUUGCGCUUUGCUAUCCGAAGGUCAUGUCUGACCACCAAUUCUACUUGAUGGAGGACAUGCCAAGGCUCCCAUAUAUUCUAUUCUUGUCCGUAAAUGUGACGGCAAAUGAACAUUCCUUUGGAGCCAGCUUAUUCCACGUUCUCAGGCUGUGUACUGGUGUAAGAAAGCUGACUCUUCAUUUGAUGUCAGUACCAGGCAACUAGAGGCUCAAACUAUACAUGCUCACUGGGUUGCAUAUGCCAUCAGCCACCAAACUGGAAAACUGACGAACUCCUGCCGAGUCACCUCGAAAUAAUUCAAAUCAGGGCCUGGAGUGGAACUGAAAAUGAAGUUGCUUUUGUGGAACGGUUGCUUAAUUGGGCAACAGUGCUAAAAGUAGUGAUGAUAACUUUCCAUCAGUCAGUUACUGAAAGCAACGCCGAGGAUCUUUGCCACACAUUACUAAGCAUCUCUAGGCCGGAAAUAUGCAUGAAAUUUUACAUGUACUGUGACUUGUAUGGGAAGGUCCUGUAUGUUCCUGAAGGCUAAGACACCUGCUCGUGUCUUGCACUAUAGUUGCUAAUACUCUUUUGGUAUCAACAGCACUCUGCGGUCCAAGAUGUUACAAUGUCAUCAAUGCAUUUUGCAAGAUGUUAGAAUUUGCUUCAUGUUUCAUCUGUUGUACUCCUCGCGAAUGGUGUGCUCAGUGCUGUUUUCACAAGCCUUUGGUGUGUAAGAUCCGACGGUUGGCAUGCUCAAAAGUGGUAGUCAACUCGUCAAGUUAUGUCAUUUUGGUUAUGAUUGUGUUAUAUGUUGUACUGACUGAAUGCCGAGCAUUUAAAAAUUUGCAAGAAAGCUAUUCAGUGUAGUUUUGUCUGAA